CGGCGGGGGUGCGGCGCUGCGCACUGUGACGCUGGCCAGCAGCCGCCUGAAGCCCGUGUGCGACCCGCUGACUCAGAUGCUGACUCAGCUGCACAAGGUGAUGUGGGUGGAGCAGCUGCCGCCCGGACUGGCUCGGGACCACCGCAGGCGGGCGGUGGAGUCGUUCAGGAGACACCUCUUCGCGCAGGGCUCCAACGCGGCCACAGUGAAGGCCGCCCUGGCCAAGCUGCUGGCGGGGCACGGGGACCUGGUGACGGACGCGGCGGGACGACCCAUCGACUUUGGAUCCGUGCCCCUUGCGCCCGGGGAGGGGGACACCACCACCACCCUGCUCGCAC